GAUACUGCUUUAAAAGCGUAUUUAAAGCCCUGGCUGUAGUUGCGGGAGCAGUGGACAACCUAUGCAACAAAAGCUGCUGCAGAGCCGAGCGACUGUCCGACCACAUAGCGGACGAAAACACGGAGCCAACGGCUGACACGACACGGCGAGGUACGACUGCAGGGCUUAAGAUUGCAGCUUGGACCAAACUACGACGUCUCAACGACAUUUAUGAAGCUUUCAAGGCCUUUUGAUUGAUCAGCCAUUCGAUGGGGAUUUUCAGAGGAGCUCCGCCUACCGUCGCCGCAUUCCCUCCUCCUCCCACCCCCUCCCCCCGCGACCUUUUGCUCGCCCCCACCCACUCCGUCAUCCAGCCCUCCAUCCAGCCCUCCAUACAGAAAAUGACUCUGGAACUCACUGAAUGGUCUUCUAUAUGGAUUUUUACUGCUUGUAAUAGACAGUAAGAAAAAAGAGGCGCAAACCUCGAUGACAAAAAAGCCAUAAACACCCACAACACACACACACACACACACACUCUCACACACACACACACUCACACACACAACAAACACAGCUACACACACAAACACUUUCAUACCAAAUAAAGCUGUUUUGCAAGCAGUUUCUCUCACAUCUUGACGUGCACACACAAAAGAAGCAAGUGCACAAAGCCACUCUUGGAAUGUACCGCUUACUCUUCCCAUGAAAUUCAACUGCUUCCUUUAUUUUUCUGAGAUUCUCUACAGGCCUUGAGAAAGCUGAUUUUAUUAGAUUUUUCCCCUUCCUCCCAAUUUAAACAAGGAUUAAAAAGGUUGGGAAUUUCAAUUUGCAGUGUUUUUGGAGGACAACUUUAGAGGACAGCUGAUUACUAAUUGAUUUUUUUUUUCUUCUUUUUCUGAAAAUUCUGAUCUGUGAUACAUCUGGGGAUAGCAGAUUAGUUUAUCUGCAAAUAUUUAGUGUCUUUAGCCUUUAUAGUUUUAGUAGGACCCAGUUUAACAUACAUUUUAUUACCUCGCAGGCUGGGAAGCAUCUGUUACAGUUAUUCAGCACUUCUUGAACACUUAAGUAAUAGAUGUAACAAGUGUAUAACUAGCAAGUUACAACCACUGAUUGCAUUUUGUAGCUUGUAAAGAUUGUAAUGAAGUUACUUCUAGAAAGUCACUACUCGUUUUAAAGUACAAGUAACUUGAAUUGAGGAGUAGUAGGAGUAGUAUUGUUUUUGUACUGUAGUAUUGUUAGAAGGGGUGCGCUUGUUUUCCUGUUGCUUGCAUGCCCUCCAACAUGCCUCCCCAGAACACAGAGGCUGACACCAUGCAGGUCGGAUCUCUGGUGGGUGGGGUUAGCAGCAAAAACUCCACUGCAUCAGGCUUGGAUGAGGAGAAAGGAGGAGCAGGAGGCGAGACGGAUGGAUUGGGAGGCGGAGGCGGAGCGGCAGAAGGAGGCCGAGGAGGAGAGGAAUCUGCUAGCGAAGGAUCGAUCGAAGGGAUUCCUUUAAAGCGAUGGGUGAUGCACGGAGCCGUGAUGUUCGGUCGGGAGUUCUGCUACGCCAUGGAGACAGCGCUGGUGACGCCUGUGCUGCUGCAAAUAGGUCUUCCAGAGCAGUACUACAGUCUGACGUGGUUCCUCAGUCCAGUUCUUGGCCUCUUGUUCACUCCUCUGAUCGGCUCGGCCAGUGACCGCUGCACUCUGCGAUGGGGCAGGAGGAGACCGUUCAUCCUGGCUCUCUGUAUAGGAACACUGAUUGGAGUGGCUCUGUUUCUGAAUGGAUCACUGAUAGGUCUGUCACUCGGUGAUGAGCAGGGGAGACAACCAAUAGGGAUUGUUCUUACUGUGCUGGGUGUGGUGGUGCUGGACUUUUGUGCGGAUGCCACAGAGGGACCAAUCAGAGCAUACCUGUUAGACGUGGCAGACACAGAGGAGCAAGACAUGGCACUGAAUAUCCACGCCGCCUCUGCAGGUCUAGGCGGCGCUGUCGGCUACGCUCUUGGAGGUUUGGACUGGACGCACACAUUCCUCGGAGCAGUCUUCAAGUCGCAGGAGCAGAUCCUCUUCUUCUUUGCAGCCAUCCUCUUCUCUGUCUCCGUCGUGCUGCAUCUGUUAAGCAUCGAGGAGCAGCAGUACUCGCCGCAACACGACAGGCUCGAGCAGGAAAGUCUGGAUCCUGCCCACCUUCAAACAUCGGCCAAUGGCAGGGCCGGACUUCUCGGCGCCAAAUUAGAAAUGAUCGGUGAGGAUGAUACGGUAGAGAGCUACGACCUCUAUGACCCAUACGAAGAUGACCAGUCAGAGCAUGGAGACAUGGACUUUCUAGAGGUGGAGCUUGUGAGAAGUAAAAGCGACAGCGUCCUCGCCAUGGCAGACGCAACCCUCGAUCACCUCGACCACGAUGCGAUGUUCUUGUGCCACAUAGAGCCUUCCAUCUUCGCCGAUCACCUCUCGCCCUAUCACGGCUCCCCCUCCACGACCGCUCCCUUCUUCAACCCCAAUCGCAGCACCCCACCCCCCCGAUUUGCCAGCAUCAGACGCAGCAGCAGCACGGGAAGUCAAGACUUGCUCCGCCCCCAAAACAGCAGCAAUCAAACGAAUGCUACCACCCCCAGGAUUUCCCGCCUCUCAGCUUUCCUGCAAGAAAUGGAAAACGACGACGGGCAGGAGGCGCUACUGAACAACCAGCUCAACGAGCAGCGGACGCUGAACGGGCGGCUGUUAGCCAGCGUUACUAAUACUGACAGACUUGGCACUAACAGGCUGAGCUCCAAAGGACAGGCACACCGUGCUGGAAUGGUCAAAGCUGCCAGUACUGGAGCUCCUAUGAGACAGUCACGCCACCGCCACACCUUCUACCGCCAGCCGUCCUGCACUUUUUCUUACUACGGCCGCGUGGGUAGUCAUCGUUACCGCUACCGUCGAGCCAAUGCAGCUUUUCUCAUCAAGCCGUCCCGCAGCAUGAACGACCUGUACGAAGUAGAGGCCAGGCACAGGAGGAGGAACAGGCAGAGGAACAGACACCGCAGCGGGAACACCAACUCCUCCAGCGGGGACACAGAGAGUGAAGAGGGCGAGGUUGAGACCACCGUGCGCCUGCUGUGGCUCUCCAUGCUAAAGAUGCCCCAGGAGCUGCUGCGGCUUUGUGCCUGUCACCUGCUCACCUGGUUCUCCAUCAUUGCAGAGGCGGUCUUCUUCACCGACUUCAUGGGACAAGUCAUCUACCACGGAGAUCCUAAAGCUCCUUCUAACUCGACCUUAUUGGAUAACUAUCACAAAGGAGUUCAGAUGGGAUGCUGGGGCCUGGUUAUAUAUGCCAUGACUGCUGCUACAUGUUCAGCUAUUCUUCAAAAAUAUCUCGACAACUUUGACUUGAGCAUUAAGGUUAUCUACAUCCUGGGUACACUUGGAUUCUCCAUAGGAACUGCAGUCAUGGCAAUUUUCCCUAAUGUGUACGUGGCCAUGGUGAUGAUCAGCAGCAUGGGCAUCAUCUCCAUGAGUAUCUCCUACUGUCCUUAUGCUCUACUGGGACAAUAUCACGAAAUGAAAGAGUAUAUCCAGCACAGUCCUGGCAACUCUCGCAGAGGCUUUGGCAUUGACUGUGCCAUCCUGUCCUGUCAGGUGUACAUCAGCCAGAUAUUGGUGGCCUCAGCUCUGGGUUCUGUAGUGGAAGCUGUUGGCAGCGUCCGUGUCAUUCCCAUGGUGGCCUCUGGGGGCUCCCUCCUUGGAUUCUUUACUGCCUGCUUCCUGGUUAUUUAUCCAACUCCAAACAACGGGGACGGGGAAUCAGCCAAAGCUUCAGAGAAACGGACUUUGCCAUCGCUGGAAAAUCCCAAUAGCGGCGAAGGGGCUGUUACCGUAGUGAUUGAGAAACCCAGCUUCCUGAAACUCAACAAGGAGGGGAAGGCCACCAGCACUACUGCUUCCUGUCAGGUGGAAAAUGAGUCUGCUCUGUGAUUGGCUGACUGCGCUGACAGACACUUUGCUGCAGAAACUACUUGAUUUGUCAUUGCUGAUGGAAAAGACUCAAAGGUGUGCCUUGAUGUGGAUUUGCUUUGGUCCACUCUUGGCGUUUGUUCUGGCUUUAACAGGGUUUUUUUUGUAAAUUUAAAUUCACAUGUCACACUGAAGAAAACAUCGCAGUCUACCGUGGGACCAGCGUCACAUUAGACCAACUUACCCAACAAAAGUCAUUCUGGUCCCAGUGCCGCUUCAGCUGUUGACGAAGUUCCUUCCACUUAUCCCUUACGGACUUUUGAUCGAUCCAUCAGGGUCGUCCAGGAUUGAGUAAUUAAUUGGCCGUCGUUUUAAGGAGAGGUUGUCUCCUGUCUCUCAGGGCCUCUAGGAGGUGCUACUGAGCAGCCACCUGGACAGGAAACUUCAGGGGACUCACAUACAUACUCAUUCAAACCCUCACACGCACACAUUUCCUCAUCUAAUUCAACACAAUCGAAUGAACACCCUAAUAAUGAACUCUAUCGAUGAACAUUAGUCCUUGAAGCUGCAAUCAUUACAAAAUGCUGAAAAUCGUUCUUCCGCACUGUGGAGUCAGGUUGAUUGAGUUUUUGCUUCGUGAUGUGGACGCUGAUUUACGAGAAUGUGUGUGUCUGCUGACUUAAAACACCAAAACAACCCCAACAACACAGUCAGCUUUGCGGGACAUUGCAGCGACACUAGCUUUAAGACUCUAAAGACUUUUGGAAGUGGCAUUUUUUGAAAUCGCAAGCCCGAAGCCUGGUUCCUGGGGAAUUUAUUGACCAUAAAAUUGAUGCUGUUGCCCUCUUUCAUAUGGCAGGACUGACAAAAUCUUUAAUUCAGCCUUCAACGCGGGGCAAAGAGGACAAUAAUCCAGAGGAUCUGCUCAGAAAUAUUGAGCAUGAGAAUAAAGUCGCAUGUAUAUUGAACGAUAAAACGACAGUCAAAAAAUAUGCAUGUUUACCGGGUGAAAUUCGACAAGUGUGAAAGUAAGAGCCUAGAUGCAGUGUGUGCAGUAUAUGGGGCAUUACAAUCAAAUAUUGUUUUCAAGAUUUAGUGAGGAACCACAGUGAUGUUUCUGUUUGUUUUGACUAAUCAAACUAACCUAUGCUGCAUGUUAGACUAGCUGAGGAGCGACAAACCAAACACCAGAGAGGAAGAGAAAAAGGAAACCGAGUUGUUCUCCUUUUCUUUACUUUUUCGCUUAUUUUUUUGUUUGUUUGUUUUAAAAAAGAUACUGUCAGCAUAAAGUUUGGCUCUCACUGCACAUUGUUGGAAAAGAAAUGUCACAAGGUUAAGCUAGAAAAGCGUUACCUUUUGGAUUUGGGGUUCUAAUUUUUUUUAUGGAUGCUGAAUUUUAUGGAAAUGUUUAAAAAAGGCAAACAAAUCUCCAUUGUGUUGACAGUAGUCAUUCAUGACAACCGUUUAAGGCUUGUUGCUUAAGCUUCAAGAGAAGGUCAUGGCCCUGUUGUGGGUCUUUCCACGUCACCAAAAGAAGAAGAACAGAGUAGAUUCUAUAUUUUUCAAAGCAGACCCGGACAUCCUUUAUUAAAGCAAAACCGGCAGUUUUAAGGACUGUAACUUUCACAGAACAAAAGAUAAAACCAAGAAUUUAAAGUUUCACUAAUUUUGAUUGAAGUGUUGUGACAUUUAUUUUACAAUACAGUCAAAAGGCUUUGGGAAAAAUGGUUAAAUCUGCUGCGGUAGCCGCAGCAAAGGAAGCAAAACUGCCGAGUUUAGCAAUCCUUAAAGCCAGGAUAGAUACGAAGACCUUGAUGACUGAGUGUGCGGCGAUGACGUUAAACGAUCUUAAUCUUCUGAAUGUUUCUUUAGCUGAUUAUGCUGGACAUGUAAAAACUCAUUUUAAAGUGUUGUGUUGUUUGUGCCCCGAUAAAUCAGGCCUUUAGUUGCAAUAAGGACCCUUGUUGAUCAGAGUACUGUGCAGAGCUUGUGCAGGCUGAGCAGGGUUGUUGGUGGUGGUGCAUAUUUUUGGGUCAGUUUCCUUUCAUUUCAAUCAGCUGAAGCAAGCAGCUUGAAGGGAAACAAAAUGUAAAUUGCAGUGGGGGUGAUGACUAAAUAGAAAGAACUGUUUGUAUGUAUGAACGUAUGUAAAGCAUUUAGUGGAAAAGGUGUUUUAUUUUGUUUUUUUUAAAACUUGGGUGACUUUAGAAGAGAAUUUAGAGGAUGGCUUUUUUUGGAGGGGGGGACGUGUUUGUGAUUUUUCACUCAUGUGCAAAGUUUAACAUUUUCUUCUAAUACUAAUUCGAUUCCUUCCAUACUUUCAGGUACAUUGAAUCAGAGAGUAAGAUAAAACGUUGAUAAGAUUGGAUGUUUUAAAAAACGGCCUCUGGAGCCAUUAGCGCAAUAAAAUAUUCUGAAUAAACAUAAAAAAAUAAUUUAAAAAAGAAACUUUGGGGUUAUGGAGCUUUGCAUGCGACGACAACGAUAUGCAUGUUCAGAACACCAAAGUAUGACUGUACAAAUCACUCGAGCUCUUUUCUUUAAUCGUAAUAGGUCAGGGAUGUAUUUUCUAAUGCAUGACUGGAUGUUUGUGUCUUUUUGUUUUUGUUUGAACUUAAAUGUGUUAAAAAAAAAAAAAUUCAACGCAACAUGUACUCUUUAAGCUGAAGCAUUGUGCUUGGUCUGGGUCAGUACACUCCUAACAGGUGAGCGAGUUUUAAACAUCCACUUUAUCACUUUUCAAGCUGGAAAGUGAAGAAAUGUGUUACAGGAUGAGACGUCCUUCAUUACAAGUGUAGGUUAGAGACUCCUGGCCGUGAAUACUUGAAGUGCAACUAGAGUGUUUCUGUUCCAAUGCAGUGAGAAAGUAUUUGAUUUUAUGGGGAAGUGGGGGGGGGGUUUGUUGUUCCAAUGAUGUCCCAAGCCUUUUAUCACAGACUCUGGAAUGUUCCGGCGACUCGGUUCAGCUCAGCCGCUUCGCUCGGCCUGCUGGGAGAUUGAGUUCUUAACCUCUGAUUCCAUCUAGUGACUUAAAAUGUUAAUGUUUUUUGUUUGUUUGUUUGUUUUAAAGUCAACGAAUGUGAGUUUUGUUUUUGGUUUUGAUGUUUGACGAUCCAGGGUGGGAGUCCUGACAUUGCACAGAACUUGCACAUAAGUAAAAAAACAAAACAAAACAAAAAAACAAGUAGAACUUUAUUGCAAAAGGAGGAAAAAAAAAACAA